AACAAGUUUAGAUAACAUGUAUUUUACCAACUGUGAUUACGACGACUGCGAUAACGGAGAUAUAGAAACGUUUGAAAAAAGGUUUAUGCCAGCUUUCUACUUCACUAUCUUUACACUAAGUACAGUGGCCAAUGGACUGGUUUUAUACAUUUUAUUCAAAUAUGAGAAACUGGAACGAGUAACUAACAUAUUUAUUCUUAACCUGGUUCUUUCAAAUAUCAUCUUUGCAUCUUUUCUCCCUUUCUGGGCCAUCUACCAUAGGUUAGAGUGGAUUUUUGGAAAUGUGAUGUGUAAGCUGUCUGCUGCUGCUUUUUUUAUCGGUUUCUACAGUUCAGUAAUAUUCCUGACACUCAUGACUGUUGACAGGUACCUGAUUAUUGUGCACUCCAUAUUUGCUCUCAAGACCCGGAGAAAGCGCUAUGCGUUCCUUGUCUGUGCAUUCGUCUGGUGCUUAAGUCUGCUGACUGCCCUGCCUAAGUUCAUUCUCUACAACACACUUUCAGUUGACGGAUAUGGUUUGCUCUGUGAAGAAUCUGGAUAUGGUGAUAAUGUUAUCAAUAGGUGGAGGCUAAUUAGUAACUUCCAGCAAAUGUUAUUAUUCUUUUUGAUACCUUUGGUAGUUAUGUGUUAUUGUUAUGCAAGAAUUGGAAUAGUAAUUAUUCAAAGCAAAACGGUGAACAAAAGUCGGGUACUUAUUAUUAUUUUUAUAACAGUUCUGUUGUUUUUCUUUUGCUGGACUCCGUAUAAUAUAGUAAUCUUUUUGGAUUCAUUAAAUCUACUGCAGUCUGCUUCAUCUAACCAAAGUGACAAUCUUGACUAUCCAUUUUAUAUUUGUAAAAUCUUGAGUUAUUUACAUUGCUGCAUAAAUCCUAUAUUUUUCACUUUUGUGGGAAAAAAGUUUCGAAGACACUUGGUUAACAUUUUUGAGAGAGAAAUACUGUGCAUUGGAGUCGAUGCCAAUACUAGUGUAAGCGAUCGUAGAUACGUUCAAACAAUGAAUAACUGAUAAAUGCAUAAUCCACUAGAAAGUGUUUUUUGUAAGUAGGUGCACUCUAUUACCCAUAACAUUUUAAUGUAGUAUGUAAAACAUUUUCUGCAAACAUGGCCUCAUUUAUACUUGGCAUUAAGAUUAAUUUCUAUUGAUCUGAUCAUGAUCGAAACGAACUUGAUGACUAUAAAUGCAUUUGUGAUCAGAUUGCAAUUGGAUCACUCAGACUACAUUCAUAGGUGGUCAGAAC